CGGCUGCCGGCAAAAAAAACAAACUCCUCAGAGUCGACAGUCAUCAUGAAGCGGAAUUAUGCUUCAGGAAGCCAGAAAAGAAAGAAGAGAAAGGAAGAGGAGGAUAAGAAAAAACAAGAUAGUGGUGCUUUGCUUAAAUUUCUCAGCCCUCAGGCUCUUCCUAAGGAUACCUCCACUGAUGAAGCUACACCAUCAACGUCAUCCUCAACAUCAACAGAUGCAUCACUUCUCAGUGCUGAUGUCUCCUCUAUAGCACAAGCUACACCGUCAAUAGCAUCUCAUACAGUGGAAGCCACUGCAUCCAGAACAGAAAUUGAGUCUGCACCACUUCGCAACACUGAGGUUACCUCUACAGCUCAAGAUACCACAAGCACUGUAAUUGUAGCUGAUGACCCUGCGCAGUGGCCAGCAGUCCUGACUGAUAGUGUGCGCUGUCAAAUUGUUAAAAAAGGACCAGUGCAAGUCAAAAACAUUGUAUUCCCCCAAAAUUCUGAGAGUCCACCUCGAAGAUUCACAAAUUAG